UAACAAACGGUCUGUGAUGGUAACGAUGGACCAAUGCCUUGAAAGAACCACUGCGUCGUAGCGACUAGGAUUUUAUAAAAACGAGCGGACAGGUGAAAAACACGUCCGUCCUUAAAAACUUUUGAAACUGGUACUCUUUAAAAUCUCCAAAAUGGACCGCCUCUUCGUGCCUCUGAUGUUUGUGUUUGUUGCUUGGAUGACAUCAAGCGUAGAUGCAGUUGGACUAGGCGAAAAUUGUACUGUAACUUCUAACUGUACUGUGGCGAAAAGCGAGUGCAAUUUGACGGUUUGCAUUUGUUCCACUGGAUACACCAUGCGGGGAGCAGACUGUAAAGCGGAUAUCGCAAGCAACUGCUCUGCCACGAUGGAUUGCGAUACUUCCACCAAUAAUGCGACUGUUUGUGACACAUCAGCUGCCACUUCCGUUUGCAAAGUCGGUGCUGGCGGCUCCUGCAACGGAACUCAAUGCGUGGAGAAUGCUGAAUGUAGUACAAAUUGCACCUGUAACACCGACUACAGAGCCAACUCGGAAAAACUCUGCUUAAAAGAUGCUGCAUCUGGUAUUACAGUUUCGUUGAUCAUCCUCUUGACCGGCUUUCUGACAACCUACGCAUAAAUGUUAAAGAAAGGUCUCUCACCACACAAUGAAAAGCACAAAGAACAAUGGAUUUAUUUAAAUCCCGUUCAAACCAAAAUACAUAAACACGUAUAAAAUGAACAUAUGCAAUUUGAGAGACUUAUAAAUUGGUUCUUAAGUCAAAUGGUAAAUUUAACCUACUAAUCUCAAAAACGUAGUUAACACCGACUUCAAAUUUAUAAAGAUCAUUACAGCACGUUUUUGGUGACAGUGACUUUUAAAAAUAAAAUGUAAUGAAUCUUAAUUCACUCUUGCGAAAUCAAUUUCAGAAAAAUGAUCUACGAACGAAAAAUCUUUCUUCUGUAAAUAUUACUUGUGUGUUUUGUGUUGUUAUCGACAUGGAUCGAGCCUUAUUGUUAGACAUUGGUAUUUAAGACAGAAGUUUUUAACAGCAGUAAUGCUAACAUUUAAAUUAAAUUAAUGCAUAUUUCAAAGGAAGUUUAAAUUAUUUAUUUAUCUAAACUAUUAUACACUUUUAUUGAAGUCCUCUUCAGCAUUUAAAUACGAGAACAAAAAUAAUGUUGACGACAAUUUGGUUCUUGAGCCUGUUUCUCUUUAUAAUACGGUUUUAAUUUAUCAGUCCUAAGUUGAGAAAAUAUCAAGUUUUGGAAACGGAAAACACACUGUACACCGCAUGUGUUUCGAUAAAGUUUUUCUUAAGACUGAUACAUCAAAAUUGUUGAUGAGGUCUUCCAAUGAAUUAACAUGUAUAUUGUAUUUAUUGGGUGGACUGAAUAAACUAUUUUAUAUAUA